UGAACAUGAUGCAUGUGGACAUAGUGACGCUGACUGCCAUCGUUCUUUGCUUCCCUUUGCUCACAAUAUGUGCCCCACUGCAUGUUCUGUCGGCUCCUAAUCUGCUGAGGGUGGGUUCCUCAGAGAAGCUGUUUGUGGAGGCUCAGGAUUACACUGGAGGAGACCUGAACGUUAGGAUCAUAGUAAAGAAUCAUCCGAAGAAGAACCUGGAUAUACUGUCUAAAUCAGUGACACUGACUGCAGCCAACAAUUUCCAGAUCCUUACAGAUAUAAAGAUCCCUGAUGAUCAGAACUUGUUCUCUGACGAUCCUCUGGAGAAGCAGUAUGUGUAUCUACAAGCUCAGUUUCCAUCCAUCACUCUGGAGAAAGUGGUCCUGCUCUCAUUCCAGACUGGAUAUCUAUUUGUCCAAACAGACAAGCCCAUCUACACACCUGCUAGCACAGUUAAUUACAGGAUCUUCUCCUUAACUCCUGAUCAACACCCAUUUGAUGGAAUCUUCAUCGCGGUCGAUAUCAUGAAUCCUCAAGGCAUCACACUGGACAGAGAUCAAUUCCAGCCAAGGCAAGGCAUCAGGACCGAAAACUUUGCAUUACCUGAACUUGCCAGCGCUGGGAUUUGGAAGUUGAUCGCAAAGUACACAAACACACCACAAAAGAAUUUCACCACUGAAUUUGAAGUUAUGGAAUAUGUGCUGCCGAGCUUUGAAGUGACCUUAAAUCCACACAAAUCAUUCUUCUAUGUGAAUGAGCACUCUCUGACAGUAGACAUAUCAGCUAAGUACCUGUUUGGUAAUAAGGUGAGAGGCACUGCAUUUGUGGUGUUUGGUGUGAUAGACAAUGAGAAGAAGAUCAGCAUUUCUGCUUCACUGCAAAGGGUUCAGAUAAUUGACGGAGAAGGAGCGGCAACGCUGAAAAGACAAAUGAUCAAGGAGAACUUCCCAGAUAUCCAGCAGCUAGUUGGGAAUUCCCUCUACAUUUCAGCCAGUGUUUUAACAGAAACUGGUAGUGAAAUGGUAGAAGCGCAUAAGAAAGGCAUUCAGAUUGUGACGUCACCGUACACCAUUCUCUUCAAAAGAACACCACACUUCUUCAAACCUGGGAUGCCUUUUGAUGUCUCGGUCUAUGUAACAAAUCCUGACCAAACACCUGCUAAAAAUGUGGAAGUGGAGGUCAGUCCUGGAGGGGUCGGAGGUCGAACAAGAGCCAAUGGCAUUGCGAAAGUUACUGUCAACACUCCGGGAGGAUCUUCAACACUGGAGAUCAACGCAAAGACCAAAGAUCCACAAAUAAGUGAUGAACAGCAGGCAGUGAGGAAGAUGACGGCUCAUGCCUACAUACCCAAAAGCGGCUCCAACAACUACCUGCAUAUCGGCAUUGAUGCUGCAGAGCUUCAGAUCGGUGAUCAAAUGAAAGUCAAUCUGAAUCUAGGAAACAGCCCUGGAGUGAUAAAACAGGAUUUCACCUAUAUGAUCUUGAGUAAAGGUCAGAUUGUUCAAGUGGAAAGGUUUAAGAUGACAGGACAAUCUCUAGUGACUCUGUCUCUGUCUGUAACCAAAGAAAUGGUGCCGUCCUUCCGCUUUGUGGCUUAUUACCAUUUGGGCUCGUCUGAGGUGGUGUCUGAUUCAGUCUGGGUCGACAUGAAGGACACGUGCAUGGGAACGCUCAAAGUCGAGGUGAAGGACCCGACAUUAUAUGGCCCAGGAGAUAAGCUCAGCUUGAAAAUCACUGGAGACCCUGGAGCUAAAGUUGGGCUGGUCGCUGUAGAUAAGGGUGUCUAUGUCCUUAACGACAAGAACAGACUGACUCAGACUAAGAUCUGGGACAUCAUAGAGAAGCAUGACACCGGCUGUACAGCAGGAGGUGGGAGGGACAGUAUGGGGGUUUUCACUGAUGCAGGUCUGAUGUUUGAGUCCAACACUGCAGGAGGAACCAACACCAGAACAAAUAUUGAGUGUCCUGUCCCAUCCAAGAGAAAACGCCGAGCACAGAGUCUUCUGCAGGUCACCACUACACUGGCUGGUCAGUACUCUGGUGAUCUGAAGAAGUGCUGUGUGGACGGAUUUCAAGAUAAUAAACUCGGCUACUCCUGUGAACGGCGGGCUUUAUUCAUCGUAGAUGAAGAUGAAUGUGUUAAGGCCUUCCUGCACUGCUGCAAGGAGAUGCAACGCCACAAGGCUGACUUCGCAGAGAAAGAGUUUUUUCUGGCCCGCACUGGUCAGUACUCUGGUGAUCUGAAGAAGUGCUGUGUGGACGGAUUUCAAGAUAAUAAACUCGGCUACUCCUGUGAACGGCGGGCUUUAUUCAUCGUAGAUGAAGAUGAAUGUGUUAAGGCCUUCCUGCACUGCUGCAAGGAGAUGCAACGCCACAAGGCUGACUUCGCAGAGAAAGAGUUUUUUCUGGCCCGCAGUGAAGAAGAUGAUUUUGAUGAGGAACUAGGUGAAGUGAUGGUGCGCACACAGUUUCCUGAAAGCUGGCUUUGGGAGGAGAUCGAUCUUCCUCUCUGCCCACAAAACCAGCUGUGCGCCGAAACGUCUACCUUAAGAACUGAAAUAUUCCUUAAAGACUCCAUCACAACCUGGCAGAUCACAGCCAUCAGCCUGUCCAAGACCCUUGGAAUGUGUGUGGCUGAUCCUUAUGAGAUCACUGUUAGGAAAGAUUUUUUUAUCGAUCUGAAGAUGCCUUAUUCGGCGGUGCGCAAUGAACAACUGGAAAUAAAGGCUGUUCUUCACAAUUACAGCAGUCAGAAGUUGAAAACGGUGCAAAUUAGAUUUAAGACAUCAGAGGGUAUUUGCAGCAGUGCCAGCAAAAAACAGAAAGGCAGGGUAACCGUUUCUGUUGGCCCCAUGUCCUCCAUAGCCGUCCCUCUCAUCAUCAUCCCCAUGGAGCUGAAAGAGCAGUGGAUUGAAGCUGAAGCAUACAGCUCGAAUCGCAAUGAUGCAAUUAGAAAGAAUCUGAAGGUGGUGCCUGAAGGUGUGCUAACCGAAGUCCGGGAGAGAAUUGUGGAGAUCAACCCAUCCGAGCAUCCAGGUGGCUCGCAGGUCGUGUCUAUGAGGAGCGACAUCCCUCGCCGAAAGGUUCCAAACACACCUGCUUCCACAGUGAUCACAGUGAUAGGUGAAAAUCUCAUUGCACUGUCCUUCUCUGAGGCACGCUAUCAGCGGGAGUUGACCUUCCGUAAAGCUGAUGGGUCAUACGGUGCCUGGAUACACGUGCCGAGCAGCACAUGGCUGACAGCAUAUGUGGCUAAAGUGUUCGCGAUGGCCAGUGAUCUGAUUGUCAUAGAGGAGAAUGUGAUCUGCAGCGCCCUCACCUGGCUGGCCACAAAAAAACAGAUGCCAGAUGGCGCAUUUAAAGAAGAUGCGCCCGUGUAUCACAGCGAGAUGGUUGGUAAUGUGCGCGGGAAAGAUGCCGAUGCCUCUCUAACUGCAUUUGUCCUGAUUACAAUGCAAGAGGGGAGCAAGAUCUGUGCUAGAUCUAAUCUUCAGAGCAGUAUGAACAGAGCCAUUAAUUACCUGCUGCUGAGAGUUCACAGCCUGACAAGCACUUAUGCUGUCGCUAUGACUUCUUAUGCUUUGGCCCAUGCUGGAAAACUCAAUAAAGACAUCUUGAAGAGUCAUUCCUCUAAAAGCAAAGAUGGAAUAUUUUGGCAAGUUCCUGGGGAGCACCAUCACUCUCUAGAGGCCACAGGUUAUGCCGUGCUUGCCUUGGUGAUGGCAAAGGAUUUCGAGAGCGCUGGACUGGCAGUGCGUUGGCUGGGAAAGCAACAAUCCCGCUAUGGGGGUUACGGCACAACGCAGGCAACGAUCAUGGUCUUCCAAGCGGUGGCUGAAUACCGCAUUCAGGUUAAGAAGGCAGACAUUAAUUUGAACCUGGAGCUCGCUGUGCAGGAGAGAAAAGAGAAAACUAGAAUCGCUAUAAGAUCGUCCAACCUUCACCUUUCACGCUCAGACAAGUUUGACAUUACGAGGAAUUUCAAUAUCACAGCUCAAGGGACUGGAGUGGCCAUGCUCUCGGUCUUUUCUGUGUAUUAUGCUCUGCCUGAAGAGAAAGACUCCGAAUGUAAUGCGUUUGAUCUCAGUGUGCAGAUGGACAAAGAGUCUGCAGUAUCCUAUGAUGGAGCCUCUGAAAGCUACCAGAUCACCAUUGAAUACAUUUUCAAAGACCCUUUAAGAAGCUCAACCAUGUCUAUUUUGGACAUUGGCCUGCUGACAGGGUUCAAAGUGGAUGAACAUGAUCUUUCAAAGUUAUCCAGUGGUAAGGAUAAGUACAUUCAGAGCUUUGAGUUGAACAAGGAGCUGUCAGAGCGAGGAUCUCUUAUCCUCUACAUAGAUAAGGUUUCUAAUAAAGAGAAGGAAAGAGUUGUCUUCAGAAUGCACAAGAUCAAUGAAGUGGGAAUGCUGCAGCCUGCCGGAGUCACUGUGUACGAGUACAACGCUCCGGAUAAGCGUUGCGUGAAGUUCUACCAUCCUCACAAGAAAGAUGGAUCGCUGAACAGACUCUGCCAUGAGGACCUGUGCCAGUGUGCUGAAGAGAACUGCAGUUUGCAAAAGAAUGAACACAUAGAUGAGGAGAAUCGUGAAGAAAAGGCCUGUGAACGUGAAGUGGAAUACGUUUAUAAAACCAGGGUGUUGGAAAUGGGCUUCUCAUUGCAUGCGGACAUCUAUAACAUGACAAUUGAGCAAGUGCUGAAGGAAGGCUCUGAUACAGAUGUGGAAGGAAAUAUGAGAUCGUUCAUGGCUCAUCCUUUCUGUAGAGAAUUUCUGAAAUUUGAAAAAGGCAAGACGUACCUGAUCAUGGGCCAAACCAAAACCCUUCCGAGGAUUGGUGGAAAGUUGAGGUACCACUUGGGCGAGGACACCUGGAUUGAAUACUGGCCAACAGACAAGGAGGGCCAGACACCAAAACAUCGAACAAAGUAUAUUGGCAUCACCGCACUGGCCGACAAGCUCAUCCGAUUUGGAUGCUCCACUUAAAGAUUUUCAUGAGCUUAAAAUUAAUGUACUGAUCCAUACCAACCUUACAGCCACAACUUUGUUUUUAAUUCUAGCAUGUUGUCAGAUAAAUAUUUGCUUACUUUUUGUUUUAAGGUUCAUGCAGUAUGCUCAAUUCACUUAAAUGAGUUCAAGGUCUGUCAAGUGAAAUAUAAUCAUUUCAAGCCAUUUGUCAAAUAAAAUUUGCAAACAUAAAA